AUGCUUUAUUGCAUCGGCCUCGGCCUCAGCGAUGAGAAGGAUAUUACGCUAAAGGGACUAGAUAUUGUGAGACGAGCGGAAAGGGUUUACUUAGAAGCAUAUACAAGCAUCCUUAUGGUAUCUCGAGAAAAAUUAGAAGAAUUUUACGGCCGCGAGGUAAUAAUUGCGGACAGAGAGCUCGUAGAAUCCGAUAGCGAUGUGAUUCUGAAAGAUGCGAUUUCAACAGAUAUUGUUUUCCUCGUCGUUGGAGAUCCAUUCGGUGCUACUACACAUCUAGAUUUAUUGCUUCGGGCACGAAGCCUUCAGAUUCCAGUCAAAACCAUUCAUAAUGCUUCCAUAAUGAACGCUGUUGGUGCAUGUGGUCUCCAAUUGUACAAUUUCGGUCAGACCGUUUCAAUGGUUUUCUUCACUGAAACAUGGAAACCGUCAUCCUUCUACGACAAGAUCAGAGAAAACGCUAAGAUAGGGCUCCACAGUCUUAUCUUGUUGGAUAUUAAAGUCAAGGAACAGAGCGAAGAAAAUCUUGCCAGAGGAAAAAAGAUCUAUGAGCCGCCUCGGUACAUGACAGUCUCGCAGUGCGCUAACCAAAUGUUAGCCACCGAAGAGCUUCGUCAAGAAGGAGUAUACAACAAAGAUUCGUUGGCUAUCGGUAUAGCCAGGCUGGGGUCUGAUGAUCAGACCUUUGCCGUCGGGACGCUGGCAGACCUCGCGACUGCAGAUCUAGGCCCACCAUUGCACUCACUGGUUCUUGUUGGUAAGGUUCACGACAUGGAAAUAGAUUUCAUUAGAGAAUUUGCAAUUGAUAGUACUAAGUUCGAUGCGAUGUUUCCGAAGAAAGCAUAA